AUGCGCUCCUCAGCCGUGGUCUUCGCCGCCUUGGUGCAGUCUGUCCUGUCGCUCCCCAAUGUCAAGAACUUCAUCUACAUUGUUCCGGAUGGAUACGGUCCCGCUUCUCAGACAAUGGCGAGGGACUAUGUCUCAUUGCUGCAAAAUGGCCAGAAUCCCAAAGCACCUGUGAGCUUUCAGCUUGCGGCUGAUAAGAUGGUCCUCGGCAACGUUCGCACUCUCUCCAGCGAUAAUCUCAUCACGGACUCCGCCGCCUCUGGAACCGCCUUUGCUUGCGGUGUGAAGUCUUACAAUAACGGUGCGCGCCUCUCGUGGGAAUUCGACAGCCCUGUUCUAACACACACAUCAGCCAUCGGCGUCAACCCCGCUGGCGAACCCGUCGGUUCCAUCCUCGAGGCCGCCAAACUCGCAGGCAUGAAGACGGGUCUGGUCGUCACCAGCACCAUCAACCACGCUACUCCCGCGUGCUACGCGGCUCACGUUGCCGAUCGCAACUCGUAUGCCAAGAUCGCGGAGCUUGAGAUGGGCUACGGGCAUCCACUCGGCCCCGUCGCCGAUAUUCUCCUCGGAGGCGGCCGGUGCUACUUCAAGCCCGCGUCCGACUUGACCUCCUGCCGGAAGGAUGAGAUUGAUCUCUUUGGCUUCGCUCAGGAGAACGGUUACCACGUGAUGCAGAAUCGGUCGGCCUUUGACGCGCUCGACAAGGGUCUCGGCGACAUUCGCCUUCCUUACAUUGGUCUCUUUAAUGAUGGUCAAAUGAUGUACGAGAUCGACCGCUCCCGCCAACCCUCACAAGAACCCUCCCUCCUAGAAAUGGUCGAAACGGCCCUCAACUCCCUCCACCGCGACACCCACUGCAGAGAAGAGGGUUACUUCCUCAUGAUCGAAGCCUCGCGCAUCGACCACGCAGGCCACGCCAACGACCCGGCCGCCCACCUCUUCGACACAAUCCACUACAACGAGGUCAUGGGCUUCGUCCGCGCGUGGAUCGACGAACACCCAGACACCCUGCUCAUGUCGGCCGCCGAUCACGAGUGUGGCGGUCUGACGCUCAACGGCUUCAACCCGCUUCCCCUCGUCAAGGUCAACGCCUCGACUGAGUUUUUGAUGGAUGUUUGGGACGCGUACACUGGGUCUGAUAAGAAGGCCUUUCUGGUGGGUGAGAUUUUGCCCGAGUAUGGGCUUGCUGAUGCUACAGAUGCUGAGGUGAAUACCCUCCUCGCCGCUGGCUCGCUGAGCUCGGAGCUGGGGAAUUUAUUGGCUAGUCGUGCGGGUGUGCACUGGUCUACGGGUGGUCAUACCGCUUCCGAUAUCACGCUGUACGGCUACGGUGCUGGCGAGAAUGGACGGACCAUCAAGGGCGACAUGGCUGGUAACUGGGAUAAUACCGAGUUGCCAAAGUACAUUGAGAAGGUUCUUGGCGUUGAUAUAGGACAGGUUACGGAGUUACUGAGGGCUAAUGGGACGGGCUGGGUUGGGAAGCGGGAAUUGAGCCGACGGUCUGAUGAGCAUAUUCAUGGACAUGACCAUUCUCACUAG